AAUAAGAAAUAUACCCGUGCAGCAGUGAGAGCUACAAAGCAAGAUCAGAGAUCGUAUUCUAUAUUUAGGCGUACGCUGAGCAUGAGACUGACGCAUGACCGAUCUUCGACAAUUAGCUGAAUCAAUCCUCUCUCGUGAUGAAGUCCUUGAUUAUGUUGAUGGCCCUAACGGUCAUCUGCGUCGGGUUCACAUCGUCGGCAAAUGGUGCAGACAUCCUCAUUUCUAUUGUACUCCCCAAAGCUAAUAGUCAUACAAAAAGCAUUUCCGCCAUGGCAGGAGCACUGAUCCGACACGGCCACAACGUCACCAUUCUCACCGCGUCCAACGUGGGCACAAAGGGAUUCAAGGGAAACGCCUACAACACCGCCCUUCAGUACAAAUUCAUCCCUUCUGCAGAAAUUGAUGAAACAGUAGAAAGAGUGAGAAACGGUGCAUUUGAGAAUAACCCGUUGAAUAAUGUAAUAAAUUUGGCGAAGAUAUUUCAAAUGCAACGGCAAGCGUGUCAGUAUCUCUUCGAAGACUCCGCGACUCUGGCUUUGCUCAAGGAAUCUCACUUUGAUAUCCUGAUCGGAGAUGUCUUUGACGGAUGUGAUGCAGUCCUGAGUAGUUACCUCGAGAUUCCGCACAUUGCCGUGACGACAUCGAUGAGGUAUCCUUUCUUCCACGAGCACCUAUACGGAAUCCCCGCACCUUCGUCCUACGUAUCGCUGGGAACCUUCUCACUAUCAGACAAGAUGACCUUCCUGGAGCGGGUGGUGUCCUUCAUGGAGCACAAUCUUGUCAUUCCCUUGGCGGGAUGGUCUCACCUCGGGGCUAUGGAUGAGAUGAAGAAUAGAUACGGUAUUGCUCCAGGUCGAAGUGUCCAGGAACUCAUAGGCGAUGCAGAGCUGUGGUUGUGUGUGACGAACUUCGCCUUCGAUUUCCCUCGUCCUAUAGCACCCAACUGGGUGGCGAUCGGCAAUAUUGUUGAUGUUCCAGCAAAACCACUCGAUGAGGAAUACGAAGACUUUGUUGAGGGGUCACGGGAACAUGGUUUCAUCAUAUUCUCAUUGGGUAACAACCACAGCAUAAUGCCGUCACACAUGACAGAGAUCUUUGCACGAGUCUUCAGUGAGCUUCCCCAGAGAGUCAUCUGGCGGUAUACCGGACCACGCCCUCGUUUCCUUGGUAACAACACCAAACUGGUAGAAUGGAUGCCUCAAAAUGACCUCCUGGGUCACCCGAAAGCACGACUUAUGGUAUACCACGGAGGUCUAACUGGGAUUUUUGAAGCCAUUAACCACGGUGUACCGAUGGUUGUAAUGCCAUUGUUAGGUGACCAGGAAGCCAACGCUGUUAAGGUCAAAGCCAAGGGCAUGGGAAGACUUCUCCCAAAAAACUCCAUCACAUACGAGACCGUAAAGGAAGCGAUUACGGAUGUACUUGAAAAUCCACGGUACAGCGAAAAUAUUCGCAAAUCCUCAAGGAUUUACAGAGACAUGCAGUCUGAUCCAGAUGAUGUAGUGGUCUACUGGGUUGAACACAUCCUCAAAUUUGGAGGGUCACACCUGAGAUCCAGAGCCUUGGAGCUCAACUUCAUUCAGCUUCAUUCCCUCGACGUCCUCGCUUUCAUCGUCGGGAUCGUACUCGUUAUCGUCUUCCUUCUCUUUUCAUGUUGUAAACGAUGUGUCUCACGAUGCUUGAAAACUAGAAAAUCUAAAGUGGAAUGAUUUUCAGUUGUCAAUGAUGGUGGUGAAAAAGAAGUUAAAGUCGACGGACAAAAAUGAAAACAGAGACAGACAAUAUUGAGACAUGUUUUCUUUUUAAUAAUUGUUUUCAUUUAAAUUAUUUUCAAAUUCAUUUCAAAGUCUUGAAGGGUUGAUAGAUCAGCUUACGCUCUAUUAUUAUUGUCGUGUGUGUUUAGAUCUUUUCAUUCGUCUCUUCUUGCUAUUUCUAUCAAGAUGAAGAAGGGAAGAGGAAAAGAAGAAAGAAAGAAUAUAACGAAAAGGUAUAGUAGAUGGAGAUGAAAAAUAUGAAAAUGAAGUGGUGUUCUUAAAUGAGUCGAGAUAGUACUAACAAGACCAGGGGCCCGUCUUACAAAGAUUUGCGAUUGAUCUGAUCUAUCGCAACUAUGAAAAGCCAACGUCAACAUCUAAAAUACAUUUUUGUUCAAAUUAAUUACUAGAAAUGAUGUACAUUCAUACAUUAUCUGUUUUCAUGACAAUUCAGUAUGCUUCUUUUUGUUUUCAAAGGAUAUCAAAUCUCCGAAAGAAAAAAUUAUGACAUUGUUGGAUUUCCAUAGAGUUACGGUUGAUCAGAUCAAUCAUAACUCUUUGUAAGACGGUGCCCUGGUCCAUAUAAACCAGCAUUUUUUUUAUUGAUUCACUUGUACCGCUUUCAUACUGACAGCCGAAAUGGAGUUACGCCACUUUGGAGGGAAGUAUGAAAAUUCUAGGAUUAUUUCUAUCCGGAUUCGAGGCGAUGCAGCGGCGUAACAGGGGUCGGUGGCCAGGGGGGGGGGGGGGGGGCAAGAGCCAAAAAUUUCCCGGUCAUAUAAUGGAACAGGCAAUGGCGUCAUAAGGCAAACAUUUUGAGGGGGCGAUAUGGCGUAUCGGGCAAAUAUAUAUAUAUAAGCGAGCGAAGCGAGCGAGCAAAAAAAUUUUGACAUUUUUAAUGCAAAAAUCAAAUUUUGUGAUAGAUUUUGACAUAAUGUUAAAAAGAUGAUAUCAUAUUCACCCUCCUCUCUUUCCUUUUUUCUCUCUUUUUUGUACGCCACGGUGAACAGGAUUUUUGUUAUGAUUGUGAGCAUCAGGGCGAAGCUCUAUAUGCUCGAGGGGGCCGAGUAUGGCGCUUCUGGCAAGAAGAAGCUUAAUAUAGGUCCCGAGCGAGCGAAGCGAGCGAGAUAAAAAAAAAAAGAUGAGAAUCUAACAUGAAGAUACAUUUUAACGUGAUAUUCAGACAAAUAUAAUACACUUUCCUUUCUUUCCUCAUUUUUUUGUUUUGUUGUAGAACUUUUGGGGGCCAUGGUCCAAACUCAUCCAUAUAACAGUGCUUUAUGGGUGGGGUCCAGGGCAGAGCCCCGGAACUUCUUGAUAUCAAAGCCAUUUUAAACCUUACAGAUGGCCACUUAUUUUAAUCUAAUUGCGAGUAUAUUUAUAUAGCUUUAACACAACACAUAAAUUCAAUGCAGUUGUGUAUCGUAAUCAUCAAAUAUUGUAAAAAGUCGCCAGCGAGCGAAGCGAGCCAGAAAAAAAAGGCCUGUUCAAAUGAAAUUCUAAUUAUGUGAUAGAUUUUUACAUCAUUAUAGCAAAUAUCAUGUCAUAUAUUUUUUUUCAUUCAUUUCAUUUCGUUGCCUCCUUUAUUUUUUUUUAUUUCCCCUUGGCUGUGGAACCACCCCCGGUACGCCAGUGCUUCAACGUAAAGCUUAAUGCAGGAAGGGUCCAUAUAGGGGCCGUUAUAGAACCCAUUAAAGGUUACAGAUGAAGAGCCCCCACUGCACGGGGUCUUGACUCUUGGACAGAGCCUUUGGAGAUUUAGUUUAUGAUAGACUUUCAUACGACAUUUAUGCUAUAUACCAUCCAUUUUUUUUCUUCUCGCUCGUUAUCUCAAUCCUCGGCAGCCCGGUAGUGUACGUUAUCUUGUCCCUAUUCUUUAUUUUCCAAUUUAGAUUUUGGCUAAUUCCAUUCUGCCUUUAUUUCCCGCUUUUGUUUGCCUUUUUGUCAUCUUUAAUUUAUUUCCCUGUCUUACUAAUCAUGCCAAUGUAUUUGUAUAUCGGGGCGAAUUGUUCUUUCUCACUUGUUCUUUUUUCCUUCCUUUUUCUCAUUAUCUUUCCGUUUUCCCUUUUUUGUUUUUUCUUAGUUUUCUUUUCCCUUUCCCCUUCCCCUUUUUUCUUUCCUUUCCUUUUCUUCCCCCUUUUUUUUCUUUUUCCCGUUUUUUUCCCCCGGUGAGCUCCGCCAGGGGGGGGGGGGGGCAGCUUGCCCCCCCCCCCUGCCCCCCCCCCCCCGCCUGUUACGCCACUGAGGCGAAGGUCCGCACCGGAAGUGCGGUAUUGUCUAUCUCGCGCGUAUUUGGUCCCGCGUAUUUCUGCAUAAUGGGGGAGAUUCCGCGCGCCACAUUUAUGACGCGAACUCGCUUGGAAACGACUGCGGAUACACCGCUGCUGCCAGUUUGAAAAGUGGUUGUAAUGUCGGUCCGCUGUACAAGCGUAUCAACUAAAUCCAAAGUUACUCUGGUGUAACUCCACUUUGCCUUCAAUAUGAAAACAGCUUUGGAUGUUCGAAGAUUUUGAUCUCUAUACGAGCUGUAUAACAUUCGGAUAUGCCCGCUCGAAGUAAAUUUUGUACAAUUUAUGGAAACCUUAACAAAAUGUG